AUGGCGACGAUGACUUCAGUCAAGGAGGACAGCGGCGACGCCCGCUUGCCCACGGGGGUGACGUUUGCCGGGGAGACGUUUAAAGUACCCCCGACGCACGACAUGGUGAAGACGCUAUUUGACCCUACUGUCCGCAAAUCGUACUUGGAGAUCGCGGUGGUGACGGCGUUAAUGGCCAACUUAUUGGUAUUUUUGAUCCCCGAUAACCAUGUGCGGAUCGGCAUUUUCAUUGUCCUUUACAUCGUGUGGCGAUUGGGCUACAAUUUCGGCAUUGGCUACCUUCUCUACCAACAACUGAACUUCAACCGGUUGGUGGAGUGGGCGCGGUCCUGGGGGCUUUUCAAGCAGUCGUCGCCGGUGGGACGCUUUUCUCGAGCCGAAGUCAAGGCGCAACGAGGCGCCGGCUACAACCCCGACGCCUACCCGUUGGAAUUCAACACCUGGCUUAUCUUCCGCAAAGUCGUCGACUUGAUCUUGAUGAGUGACUUUACCGCGUUUAUGUGCAUCGUCUACACCUGUGCCACCGACAACGGCAACCAGUUCCUCCACGGCCAGCCGAGCUGGGUGGUGGCGACGCGGUUGGUGGUGGGGUCGUUGAUGGUGUUGUUCAACUUGUGGGUGAAAGUGAACGCCCACAACACCAUCAAAGACUACGCCUGGUACUGGGGGGACUUCUUCUUCCGCCAGAUCAACAACGAGGACCUCAUCUUCGACGGGGUGUUUGAAAUGGUGCCCCACCCCAUGUACUCUGUAGGCUACAUUGGCUACUACGGGUUUGCCCUCAUCGCCAAGCUGUACACGGUGUUGUGCGUAGCCAUCUUCGGCCACUUCUUGCAAAUGAUCUUCUUGCACUACAUUGAAAACCCUCACAUCGACAAGAUUUACGGUCCUCUGGUGGAUGAGCUCAACCUGGUGCGGGUGCAAAAGCUCCGUGACCUCCGUCUGUUCGACAACAUGAAGCCGAUGGUGGGGUUGGCCAACUUCAACUGGUUGCGGGCGCUGGACGUGGCCAACAUGGUGUUGGCGAUCACCUACGGGGUGGUGUUGCCCGUGGUGGUGUCGGCGCUGGUGCUGCUGCUGUCAGCGGCGCUGCGCGGCGUCUACGUAUUGUUCUGGGUGGCCGUCGUCGCCAAAGUGUUGGAACUGGUGCUGAUUGAUGUGUUGCUUGUGUUGCAACUGCUGUACAAGUACUUGACUAAAUGGUGUCUCUCAAUGGACAUGCCGGCAGAAAAGGCGUUGAACAACUGGGCCAUCUUAUACAACACUUUGAUCAACAUGACCUACACCCUGUUGUUCGGUUACAACCUCUUGCAUGCUCUCUCUGGUACUAGCGACUACUUCUUCAGUGACUACCCUUACCUCCGUUACUUUUUGGGAACUCUCCUCAUCUUGACCCAAACCUGGAUCAACCAGCUGAUUGUGCUGCUGAUCGGGUACUUUGGUUGGUUCUACGGUGACUUCUUUGUGCCGCGGUCGCAACGGGCCACCCACUUGACUAAGGCCGGUGUCUACCGUUAUCUUAACAACCCGGAGCAGAUCUUUGGCGUGUGCGGGGUCAUGGGGGUGUUCAUCAUGUUCCCCACCACCGAAAACAUGUUCUUGCUGUUGCUUUGGGUGGUUAACAACUUCGUUCGGUUCAACUUCAUCGAAAAGUCUCACAUGAUCAAGCUCUAUGGCGAACAGGAAGUGCUUAAGGACUCUGGUGUCACCAAGACGUUCAAGAAGCACUUGAUCCCUGAUGCCCUUCUGCGGAGAUUGUCCAAUGAUCAAGAAGGUCGCCACCACCACCACUCGCCGCGGCCGCUGAUUACCGAAACCUUAGACCUGAUCAUUCGCGAAUUAAAGGAAACCAACCAUAAAGUGUCGCAGCAAAAGAUUAAGGAGCUCUCGCAGCUGCUUAAGUUUGAGAACCUGGAAUACUCCAUUGCUAUCCAUGGCCUCAGCCAAGGCCAACAGGGAACCGACUACUUGCCUAACUACACUUACGUCGGCAGCCCGAUUCGGGUGCUGUGGAAGAGUCCCGUCGAAGGCCACCACCCGAAGGACUGGAUCGGGUUGUACCGCAUUGUCCAGACCCUGUACCUGCGGAGUAAGACCCUCUUGUCGUCGCACGGUAGAUGGCACUUUUGCCCCACUGCUACUGGUGACAUGGAGUUUGCAGGCGAUCAGCUCUUCUGGGAAGAAGGCAUGUACGAGUUCCGCUACCAUCUCGACGGCAAGCACGAAGUGGCUUACAUCUCGGAGCCGUUUGAAAUCAAGGUCCCCAAACUCACCGUGCCCACCCACGCCGACGACACCGAGCAGUUUGCUCACCAGUUGCGCGACCAGUUGUUUGCCAACUUGUUUGGCCCUCUGUUCGGCAUCGACGACCUGGUGGCGCUGUUCGCGUGCCACACGUCCAACAUGGUCGAGGUGUACCAGCGGGUAGCGUACUUGCUCUUGAAGCUGACCGACAUCAAGCUUCACACCCGGGUACUUGCUAACGACGACCAGGUCACCAUCCGCUCGUUGGCCGGUAAGCUCAUCAACAUCCACAGUGUGUUGGACGAAUUGCUGUGCUCCGUCACCAAGAAAACCCAGUAG